CCGCCCGAGAACCCGCCAUUUUGAAAACCUUGUUGAUUCCGGGAGGGAGGGAAGAGGGAGAAGGAGAGGGAAAGGGCAAGAGUGGCUGCAGGCAGUAGGGCUGCACCGCGGCGGGGCGUGUGUGUGUCGCUGCGCCCGGACCCGCCUGUCCAGCAGUAACUGCCGCCUUCAGCUGCUGCCGCCGCGCCUGAGGAGGGAGCCGGGGCUCGUGCUGAGAAGCAUAUACCAUGUCUUCUGUUGAUUCAUCAAAAGAAGAUACAAUGUCAUCAGAAAAAACAGAUGAGAAACAACCUGAAACUGAAAACAAAGCUGAGGAAAGUGAUGAAGAUGAAGAAGAGGAAGAGGAGGAAGAGGAAGAAGAAAAGGAGAAGAGUCUCAUUGUUGAAGGAAAAAGGGAAAAGAAGAAGGUUGACCGGCUGACUAUGCAAGUGUCCUCACUGCAGAAGGAACCUUUCACAAUUACACCAGGAAAAGGACAAAAACUCUGUGAAAUUGAGAGGAUACAGUUCUUUCUGAGUAAAAAGAAGACAGAUGAACUUAGGAACCUGCACAAACUCCUCUACAACAGGCCAGGCACUGUCGCAUCCCUAAAGAAGAAUGUGGGUCAGUUCAGUGGGUUUCCAUUUGAAAAAGGAAGUGACCAAUAUAAAAAGAAGGAAGAAAUGUUAAAAAAAUUUAGAAAUGCAAUGUUGAAAAGUAUCUGUGAAGUUCUUGACUUGGAAAGAUCAGGAGUCAAUAGCGAGCUCGUAACCAGAAUAUUAAACUUCCUUAUGCAUCCAAAGUCUUCAGGCAAGCCAUUGCCAAAGUCCAAAAAACCACAAAGCAAAGGUGGCAAAAAAGAGCGCACUAGCUCUGGAACAACAAGAAAAGCGAAACGUACCAAGUACCCAGAGAUCUUGUCAGAUGAAUCCAGUAGUGAAGAAGAUGAAAAAAAGGAAAAGGAUGAGUCUUCAGAAGAAAAAGAAAGUGAAGAUGAGCCCCCAAGAAAAGCAUCUAAAAGAGAAAAAUCUAAAAAGAUUACUUCUAAAACCAAGAAAGCUGUGAAGGGUGCAAAUGUCAAGAAAGCAGACAGCAGCACUACUAAGAAAAACCAGAACAGUUCUAGAAAAGAAAGUGAGUCUGAGGAUAGUUCAGAUGAUGAACCUUUGAUUAAAAAACUGAAGAAACCACCCACAGAUGAAGAACUGAAGGAAACUGUCAAGAAUUUGUUGGCCAAUGCAAAUUUGGAGGAGGUUACAAUGAAACAAAUCUGCAAGGAAGUGUAUGAAAAAUAUCCUAGUUAUGACUUAUCUGACAGAAAAGACUUCAUUAAAAAAACAGUCAAAGAGUUGAUUUCAUGAUCUGAUUUGACUGUGGGAAAUGAAGAAUCCUGGGUUUAUGUUUCCAUGGAUUUGAAGAUCUGAUAGGCACCAGCAAAAGGAAUGUGUCUUACCCUUGUAUUUUUAGUCAGAUCUAAUUCUGCUGAUCUAAUGUUAAGUGUUAAUGUAAAUUGCUUUGUGUGGGUUUUUUUGUUGUUAAACAGAACUGCAUUUGAUGCAAUUUUUAGUUGAACAUACUUAAGUUUCAUGCAUGGCAAUAAAUGUUCCCUUUUUAUAGUUUUGUACAUUUUGAACUGCAUUGUAUAACUAGAUUCAUUAGAGCCAUCAUAGCUUUUUAGCGUGGAUUACCAGCGGAGAGGAGAUUUUAAAAUCAACUAAGAUGAAAGCUGCUUGUCUACACAUAUACAUGCAGAGACUGGAAUAUUGCAGUAUUGGUUACAAAGACAUUUUGAAUACAUAUUCUGAAAAUAAGAAGAGUUAGUCAUGUAUUAAUCUCUUUUAUAUUCUGAUACAUGCUACAGAUACAGAAUUAUUCUGAACCUAGAUUACAGUCUUGCAUGUGUAGGCACUAAAAGAAUUCUCACAGCAUGGUAACUAAUUGGCAUAUAGAUGUUAUUUUUGUACUUUCAAAAGGCUUUUUGUUGUGUAUAUAAAGUUAUUUCAAAUUUCUUUUGUGCAAAUCAGUUUUUUAAUCUUGGUAUCUUUGACAUUUCACAUCAUAAAUUCAGUGUUCAGCAGUGAGGCAGUGAUAACAAGUGGUGUGCAGAAGUUUCAUGAAAAUGAGAUGAGGUUUCAUUAUGUUUGUCUCAUCUUACCUUGUACAAAAACUAAACUGUAGGUUGAUACCUGUAGUUUAACUUUAUACAGAGACUACAGACAUUGUUUCAAUGUCUUGGAUGCAGUAAAUAAAAUCCCUCCAAAGGCAAUAGGAAAAUUUCUAGCAUCUCACAAGUGGGUAUCCAAGAUAUACAGCUGGAGGCUUGAUAGCUUUGGACAUCCACAGUAGGGCUUCCAAAUCAGAUAGCACUGAUGUGAACAUGUAUUUAACCUCUCUUCUGUGUGGGAAGGCUUUCUGAACCUGAGCUUCAUUGCCUCAGCAUGAAUAAUGGUACUUGUAAGCCUGCAGUCUUUAACUGUGGCUAGCAGCUUUUAGGAUCAAAGCCAACUCUGUGCAUAAGUUUCUGUUUAGGUUUUCUCCAUACACCUUGUUUCUAAUAUGGGAAUCCUACACUUGAAAUCAUGAAACUAAGAGCUGCCAAAGUGUGGGCUGCCAUUCACACCGUGAGCACAGAAUCCCUCUGACUAGUAUUGCUGGAAAGACAAAGUGUAUUUUUUUGAAUUUUAUUAUUGUACAGUUGAGAAAUAAGGGUUCAUAAAUUAUCUAAAUUCCGAAAAUGUUCAGCCAGUUAGACUGUUGAUCUUAUACACACUUUUGAAUUUCUUUGCGUGUAAUCAUUUAUAAUAAGGCUGAAUGUAAUGGGGAUUUUUUGUAUUCAAUAAAUGUCUUUCAAAAAAAUGUAAAUCAGUUUUAAUCUAACAUUUGCUUACAUGUAUAGUAAAAAAAAAACCUAUCUAGGAACGUGAUUGGUUGUCUUUAUCUCAUCUGCUAGAAAAUAUUGGCUUUUCUACUUUAGAAGACACUAUUGCUGAAAUACAUGUCCUUGCACCAAGAUUUUAUAUCUUAUGUGAGGUUGAUUUGUGUUUUGUUUUGAUUUUUUGGUGGGUUUUUGUCUCUGUCUCAGCAAAAAGAACACUUUUUAGUUUGCAGUUUAAAACAUUAAAGAUUUCCAAGUCAGUCUUAAGAGCAGAAA